UAUGUUUUCAGCCCAUUUCUGUAAUUAAUUAUUUAGUGAUUGGAAUUUUUAAGCAGUAAUUGAAAGCUUGGAGAAAUGGCCGCCCUCUGAAUUCUGAUAUCCCCUCGAUCUCUCAGAUGCACACCAACCCUCUCUCUCUAAGCUCUAUAAUUUUUUGUAUAGCUGCAUUUUUUUUUCUUUUUUAAAAGUAUUAGAAGAAUCCACCAAUUACGAGAAAAUUCUUCGCCUUAUCUGUCGCAUCGCGUGAUUCCGAGCUUGUGGCACGUUGUUUCGUGUUUUGGCCUUUAGGUCGAAUUUUGUUUUUGCGCGUAUAUAAAUAUAGUGGAUGCGCAUUUUGGUCUCCGCCAAUAAUUCUUCAACUAGGAUCCAGAUUUGCUUUGUGGAUAACGAGAUUCCUACGUUGGCGGGUGUUGUUCAGGAAAUGGCAAAAGGUACAAGAGGUCGACGCCGGAUUGCUUCACGGCAGUGCAGGGAAACACCAUACCCCCUACCAUCGCACAAACAAAAGGAAGACACUUGCUCCAAGGUAAUUAAAAAAGACUGGGAAGAUGCUACAUGCUCAGUGUGCAUGGAAUGUCCUCACAAUGCUGUCCUUCUCUUGUGCUCCUCCCAUGACAAAGGGUGUCGUCCUUACAUGUGCGGGACAAGUUUUCGUUAUUCGAACUGCCUUGACCAAUACAAAAAGGCCUAUGCAAAAGCAGCACCAUCUGACAGCCAUUCGGUUCACGAUUCACUUGAUAGUCAAGUUAUUGGUCCAUUUUCUGCUCACUCAGCGGACAGUGGCGAUGCUGCAGAGCUUGCAUGUCCUCUUUGCAGGGGACAGGUGAAGGGUUGGACUGUUGUAGAGCCUGCGCGAGAGCAACUCAAUGCCAAUAAACGAAGUUGUAUGCAGGAAAAUUGUACAUUUGUGGGGACAUUCAAAGAGCUGCGGAAACAUGUGAAGGCGGACCACCCUUCUGCAAAGCCAAGAGUAGUGGAUCCCACACUAGAACAGAAGUGGAGGAGGAUGGAGCGUGACCGAGAGAGAGAAGAUGUGAUGAGUACCAUAAGAUCAUCAAUGCCAGGAGCAGUGUUUUUUGGUGAUUAUGUGAUAGAAGGAGGAGGUCAAUAUGAGUCUGAUUCAGAUGAAGAGGAGGAGGGGUCUGAUAUUAAUGCCAUGGAGCAGAAUGAGGGCAUGGGAGUUGGCGUUAAUCAGAAUUUGAUGUCUAUGUUCCUCUUUCUGCAGGCCUUUGGUUCUGCAGGCAAUGACGGAUCAAAUAGACGACAAGAGAGAGGCUCCAACACCAACGGCGCACUUGAUAGAGGCUCUGUGAGAUUGCAUCGCCACAACACAAUAGAUGAAUUAGAGUAUUCUGAUCAAGAUAGUGAAAACGAUGAUGAUAUAGGAAACGAAAAUGAUGAGAACGGUGGUUCGUCUCUGGUUGGACGCCUACGUCGCCAAAGUAGAGUCGUCCUGGGGCGUUCUGGAAGGAGGGGAAGGAAUAGAGAGGUGAAUCAAGGGAUGAUAUAGUUGCCUUACCUUGCCUCCAAUUGCCAAUAUCAUAAAAAGUUCACAAGUAGGAAAUUGGUUAGCUGUUACUUUUAAACAUUUGCACAUGCACAUUUGAUAUUCCAUGAUCCAUUGAUUCAAGAGAUGUAUGAUAAUACUAUUAUAGGAUAGCUCAGGAAUAUGGAUGAAAAACUUGCAUCUUGUAAUUUAAGUACAUUGUAAUUGCUGAUUAAUUUGUUUAUCACAUGUUAAUUAUUCACUCA